AUGUCAUCGGUCAAUGGUGGUCUGGGAGGAACAGGCGAUGGCCUCCAGUCGAAUGAUGCUCGAUCAAGGGGCAAAGUACUUGCCAUCGCCGGUUGCACCAAUUCGGGAAAGACGACUCUCACUAAGAUUCUUUGCAAUAAGCUUAUGAAAGGCGGUGCUACGGUUCACUCAAUUCAUCAAGAUGAAUUUUUCUACACCGAAGACAAGGUUGAAAAAAUAUACCAAGAAGAAGGGAGUGAGCCGGCUUUUUUCUACGACUAUGAUUCUAUAACUGCUGUUGAUCGUAAUGGUCUCAUCAAUGCAAUCAGAGAGGCUUCGCUUACUUAUGACUAUACUGUAGUCGAAGGCAAUAUGGUGACGGAACUGGCCCAAGUCGUAGCGCUAUGUGAUCGUGUGAUGUUUCUCAUGCUGGAUAAGGAAACUUGCCACAAUCGACGUAUUAAACGUACUUAUGAUCCUCCAGACAUGCCUGGCUAUUUUGAGAAAGUCGUAUGGCCAGCGUAUCGGCUACACUUAUCGAAUGCUCUGAAUUCCGCCAGAAGGAAUUGCCACAUCUCGUUUUUAGAUGCGAGCACUACCUCGGAGCGCCCUGAUUUGAAAUUUAUGAAUUCGGCAAGUAUUCUUCCAUAG